AUGGGAAUUCACGGUCUUUCCAAGGUGAUCGGAGACCAUGCUCCCUCUGGAUCAAAAGAGAACGAGAUUAAGAACUAUUUCGGUGAGUCAGUCAAUUUCAUGGUCGAAAUGUUUCAGAGGGUAUGCCACUUCAUGUUUGGACAUAUGUGAAAGCAAAGUAUGUUUGCAUGUAUGGAGGAUAUUACUCGGUGGCGAGAAGAUAUGAAUUUAAUGCUCGAGUGGUAAGAACAAUUUCUCCCGAGUGAGCGCAGUGACUUGCCUUGAAGGCAUAGAGUUCAUUUUUUCGAGCUAACGCGUAAUUUUCUUUUUGUUACAAGGACAAGACAUAUGUAUGGUAGAGAUUAGCAAGCUGGCUUUGAUACAAAUACUGGGUAUUAAUACAAACAAAAUACCCGAUGCCCAAAUUGCAUUACAGUUUGCCAUUUUUUUUUAUACUUUUGUUACUUUCAAUGCCCUUAAAGUCUGAACAAUUUCACUCGACUUUUAUAUUUCUCCGACAUAUUUUAUUUACAAACAUGACUUGUAAACAACAAAGAUUUUAUACAAACUUGUUUUAAUUACUAAGUAGUCUUUUUAAUUAAUUACUGAUAUUAUUUUUUUGUUUUGUUUUAAUCAUAUGGUUCAAUUUUUAGUGCAAAGCACUUAUGCAUUAACUAUUCAUCUUUAUCUUUUAUCUACAUAUAACACCAGUAGCUGGGCCAAAUUACAUGUGAACUGGUUUUCAAUAAGCUGGGAAAAAAAAACUAUUAUUUGUUAUGGCAUGACUCAUCAGAUACCAUUAUUUCCAGGUUCUUUUACUAUGAACUUUUAAGGGCGGUUCAGUAAUAUCUUCUAUUUCUCUCUUUUGUUGCAACUUUUGGGAAUUCCUUAAAAAUCUUAAGAUAAUUCAACAUUUUCUUUUUGUUAUUGUCAUCUUUAUGUUGUUUAGAAAAUGUAUUUACAUAUUCAUUGCUUACCACAACAAAUCUGGGGGUGACUUUUAUUCCAAACAAUGAACAAACCAAUUUCAUUCAGCAAAGUUUGAUGCUACAAGUGUUUUAGUUCCCAUUAAAAAUGCCCCUGUCCAAAUAUUAAAUAUAUUUAUAUACACCUCUUUUCUGGCAAAAACGUUGCAAUUUGAGAAUAUAUGUUAAACAUUUAUACCUUUUUUUUUUCAUAAAAAAUGGAGAUGGACGAUGUAAGUACAAUUCACAUCUAGGGAACAAAACCUUUUUUUUAUUGUGCAAAAGUGAAACAAAGACUUUGGGAACUUUUACAGCUGCUAUUGUAUUUUCCUUUGAGAGAUUUUCCCUAUAAUUUAUUCUGUCCACACCUUUUUAAUGGAAAAAGAAGAGGUAUACAUAUUUUGAAAUAGCAAUGUUUGUGAAAAUGAGAGUGUAUAUAUACAUAUAUUUUAAAGUCAUACCCCUCAAAUGAAUUGUAUUUCUUUGCAUAAAAAACUACUAUUCUUAUUUUUUAUGUUUGCUCCUUUACUUAAUAAGACUGUAAUAAUUUUGAGCACUGUGAGUUAGCUGUUUAAGUGAUCCUUGAAACCAUUUUAGGAAGGAAGAUUGCAAUUGAUGCAUCCAUGAGCAUUUAUCAGUUUCUCAUAGCAGUAAGAUCUGAUGGAAGUCAACUGACAAAUGAAGCAGGAGAAAUAACCAGGUAAAUGCUUUUGGAUAAUGUGUACUUACAGCAUCUGUUGUUCAAGUAUCUGUUGACACUUAUUGGUCAACUGGGUGUUGGCUGAUAUAUCAGCUGAUUCUCACCCAACAUUUCAAACAAGUAUUGGCUGAAAUGUCAACUAACAGUGGUUGCCUCUCCACCUACUCAUGUCAUGCCAAUACUUUACAGACACUCUGCCAAUACCUUUACACUUUCAUUUUAGAUUUGACCCUACAGUGAAAGUGAAAGGAAAAGAACAUGUCCAUGUAUAUUCUUGUUCAGUAUUUCCAGCAACAUAAUGGAAUCCUGGGUGAUAGGAAAUAUUACUUAGCUUGUGGGUAAGGGGUUGUACUUACUGAGCUGGCAAGUAGGUGUACAAGAUGGGAACAUUUACUGAACCAAAUGAGCUUAAUGCCCUUAUCUCAAAGUGAACUUUCAUGGGCAAUAUCUUGUAACAAUCUUCAAAACAUUUAUUUGGAUGCGAAUCUUUGUACUCUAUUUGUACAUUAUUUGUACUCUACUUUGUGCAGUUGGAUGAUAAUGGUCAAUGCUCAGUGGUCAGAUACCUGUAGUGCUCGUGAUCUAGAAUUUUUAGAGAUCCUCAAUAAACUAACCAACUUUGUAGCAUGAAACUUAUGCAGGGCCGAUUUUUAUUUGAGAGUUAUCAAUAUUUUUUAUUUCUUUCUCAUGUGGAACUGUUAGGUUUUUGUAGAAAUCCUAUGAAAAUAACUCAAUUUAAACAACAAUUAUGACAGAAAUGACAGAACUGGCCAAGAAACUUUUGUAGGGAACUUUCAUAAGAAACACAAUAUUAUCUUUACUGACGUGAUCAACAUUAAUACUAUUUAUCAUUGGUUUUUAGUCAUUUGAUGGGCAUGUUUUAUCGAACUAUCAGGAUGAUAGAGAAUGGUAUCAAACCUGUGUAAGUAUACUUAAGUUGAUUGUUAUCAAUAGUUUUAAGUUAAUAUUUCGGUGUGGACGUUUAUGUUGGAUAUCAUAUUUAAACGCCACUAAGGCUUUGCUAGUUGUAAGCUUUUAGAUAUGUAUGGUAAUUGUUAGUAGCUUAUGACAGGUGCUUUUCAAAGAAAACUUUGGCAUGGCAUGUCAGGGAGGGGCUGUCAUGACCCCAAGUGUUGUGUUAUUUUACUGUUUGUACCGAGUUCCAAGGAAUCUGCCUCUGCUUAUGUUGACGGUCCAGUGAUCUUUACUGGUCUUCAAUACUCCAAGACAGACUGUUAUAAAGUAAGUUAUUCAAGUAACCAGAGAUAAUCAUGAUAUUAUGAAAUAAGGUUAUAUAUUUCUCAUCAAAGUGUGUGUUUCUUACCUGAACAUUUCUUGUAGAUAUGUUUUUGAUGGCAAGCCCCCUCUUAUGAAAUCUGGGGAGGUAAGUAUUGUAACAUAUUAACCUGAAGUAAGGGUGAUCAGCAUUCCAAUUGAAUUCUGAAUGUUUUACUGAAUUAGCUGUCAGUGAAGUCUGUACUCAAGCCUAUUGGCCCACCCAGCAGAAGCUUAUCCCAGUUUCCUUAGCAUGAAGCGAUUAGUCCCCCUUGGAUAGGAUGCCAGUCAAUCACAAGGUUUACCCCCAGCAUUUUAUCAGGCUUUCCUGACAAUCAGCUGGUACCCAUUAAUCCUCUUGGGUGAAGAGAGGCACUGUGAGAGUGAAGUUUUUUGCCCAAGAACACAACAUAUUGACACGGCUAGGUCUUGAACCCAGACCUCUUGAUCGGGAGUCCAGUGCAUUGACCAUUAGGUCACUGUGUCUCUCAAACUUCAACCUUAAUAAGUGUCAAUAAGUUGUGAUUAACAACUGAGUGAUUUGAUUGACUUCACACCUGUUGUGAUACACCUGAUAGCCAUUAUAGAUUUACUUCUGCUAAACCACAAUUGUCAUCUCUUUAUGAUACAGAUUUUGUUGAGUAAAUUUACCAAUGCAUACAAUUUUUAAAAACCUUCACUACCACAAAGUUUUCAUGAUUUUGUUUUAGCCAUGCAUGUCAAAAUUAUUUCUCAUGGUUUGAUAUAUAAUAUUCAUCAGUAUCAGAGGAGUAAUUUGUAAUGAAACAAUUAUGUUGCAAACAUGUAAUAGAAGGUAAAGUGGUUGUGAUUUCCAUCAUUCACACAGUUGGCAAAGAGAAAAGAAAAGAGAGAGGAGGCACAAAAAGGACUCGCCCAAGCAGAGGAAACUGGUUUGUUUUGUCUUUGUUACAAAUGAAUUGGACUGAAACAAAUAUUAUUUCAUGUAAAAUGUAUGUUUGGAUGUUUUUGGUUGAAACUAAUUGUACGUAGCCCAACACAGUUCAAAUGUUGAGCUGUCAGGUAUUAUGCAUUCAGUUCUUUGAUUCGCAGACAUAACUAGUAUGUAUUUUGUAACUACUGGACUAAGAAAGAUAUUACAAAGGACAUAACAAUCAACUGGCUUAUGUGACUUUUUAUAUAGUUUGAUAGUUUCUUGGUUGCUAUGUUUGUUUAUCUCUUUUUAAAUGAAAAAAAUUGUUUGAAAUUACAGGUUUGUUUUUAUAGCCGUAUACUGUGUCCUGUUUUCUGUUUAUUAACAGGUGAUGCUGAAAGCAUGGAAAAAUUUUCUCGAAGACUUGUAAGCAGUUUUUUUGCUCCAGUUUAUAAUAUUGAGAGAAGUUUAAAGUUGUAAUUUUAAGGUGCCUGAUGAGGUCAGUUUGCCUUGCUGAAUUUUAAACCCUAACUUCAUUUUGAAAAAGGUCUACUUGUUUGCUGUUAGUGGAUUUUAGACAGAACUUUUAAGAAUUGAUUGAUUUCCACAUGUCAAAGGUACAUUUUUAGUGAAAAAUUGCCAUCGUGAAAGGAAUCAGGUCAAGAUAAAAGUGCAUACUGAAAUUCCCUAAAUAUCCAAAAACAAAGACAAUAUAUAUAUAAUUUAUGUAGGACUUGUAUCGAAAAAAAUCUUUACCAUUUUCAUUUCCCAGAAUCCUUUAAGCAUGAUUCUUUAUUAAUCUCGUGGUCUGUGUGAGUUUUCAAAAUUUCAGAGAAACUUGGCAAGAAAGCUAUGAUGAUUUAUAAUACUUAAACCUGAUUCACAAUUUAUAGAAUAAUUUUAGCUUGUUUUAGGAAGUAAUUUAAUCACUCUUCCAUUAGGUAAAAGUGACCCCAGAACAUAAUAACGAGUGUAAGAAAUUACUUAAGCUGAUGGGAAUUCCAUACAUUGAGGCAAGUUUGUAAAAGCAAGACUAUAAUAUGAUAUCCUUGAUAAGCACUUUCAAAUAAUUAUCAAGGUGUAAUGGUUGGUGAAUUAACAGGGUUUUGAAAUUGCACUUUUAUGCAGGUAUUUGAAAGAAAAUCCUCUGAAAACAUUUGCUAGGAGAGCUGGAUAAUAAAACACAAUAUAAAAAGGAAGGCUGUUUGAUGAAGCUGUUUCUUGUCCCAAUAUAUGUUGCCUCAAGCAUGAGUUACUAGAGCAGUGCUGUUAAAAUGGAAAAUGUUCUCUCACUUUCACCUGAAAUGUUGUUGCAAAUUUUGACAAUCUGUGGCUUUGUUUUUUCUCCACACCCUUCUGCAUUUUAAUGUUUUCAGUGCAAAUGCUUUGUGUUCAAAAGAAAAGGGAAGUAACUUUCAAAUGGAAGUAAAAGUAAAAAUAUUAACAGCUCAGAAGGGGAUGAGGAAUUAGAGCACAUUCCUGGCAAUUUUCUUUCAACUUUGCGGCCAGAUAAACAAACUGAAAUGGUUACCCAUCUCAGUAAGUUUACAUGUUACCAGUUUAUAGAAUGUGUCAUUUUGUUCAUGAGUGCUCAAGUUUUCCUGAAUUAUCAACAAUUGAACAAAUUGCAAACUUUAUUAAACCACAAUAUCAUUUGUUUGAAUUUAAACAUGUUCAAGUCAGUGAUGAUAUAUUUUUCUGUUAGGCUCCUUGUGAAGCAGAAGCGCAGUGUGCUGCAUUGGUGAAAUCAGGCAAAGUAUGUUAUUUCAUUAAGUGCGGAUAUGGUUGUGGGGUUUUUGUUUUCAUUCCUAGACAAAGUGAUAACAAUCAUUGUGUUUAUAGGUUUAUGCUACAGGAACAGAAGACAUGGAUGCUCUCACAUUUGGGUCAAAUGUCCUCCUGAGACAUCUUACCUUCAGCGAAGCAAGGUUUGUAAAGUUUCAAGUUAUGAUCUAUUUUCCAUUGAAGAUAAUGCAAGCACACCAGGAGAUGUUAGUGAAUUUAAUAGCACAAAAUGUUCUUUAUUUUUGCCUUGCACCUUCCCUUUAGCUGUGGAGAUUAUCAAGAUGAUGGCAUGUUACAUGUGUAUGUCAUGCUAAAAUCCAGACAUAAACAAACCUUUGAUGUUUUGAAGUAACAAUUCACUUGUGGCUGGGAAUAUUCAAUUGCCUGAAAGGUGUGAAUAUGUCAACCCAAUGCCCCAGAUGGAGAAAUUAACAACUUUCUUUUAGCAGCAGUGGAAACAUUGGAAGGGACAAAAGUAACUUAAUUUGAUGACCAAUGUCUUGAACAGUCAUGCAUAGUUGUAGGGCGUGGUACCUUAUCACAUUUCUGUGAUUUCAUUUGUACAGAAUAUCCAGUUUUUGUUUUGACAUGAUUAAUUAUUUCAAUAUCAUGAUCAAAUUACUUAAUAUGUAUAUAGAUGUUUGAACAGGUGCAAAUUUUUAGUGGGCUUUUGAUUUUUGAUCAAGAAUAAAGAGCCAAUUGAAUGUUUUAUGCAAAUUUCUUGCAACUUUAAAGUUAGAGAAAGAUGUUCUUUGUCUUGUCAUGAGCAUGGGACAAAGAAAAAAUUCAAGUCCCCAUGAGGAAUUGAACCUCUGACCUUUGGAUUCAAUGUAAUGCUCUACUACUGAGCCACAGAGACUCCACGGUGAGCGAGGUCUAUUACACAGUUCAUAUGACACGUGUCCUGCAUACUGCUAGGAUCAGUAGUUGAUGUCCCUCACCGUGGAUUCUCUGUAGCUCAGUGGUAAAGCAUCAGAGCACGGAAUCUGAAGGUCUGAGGUUCAAUAACUCAUGGGGACUCACAAUUUUUUCUUUGUUCCACACUCAUGACAAGACAAAGAACUUUUUUCCUUAUUUCUUUACCAAGUUCAAAACUUACUAUCUCUCUUAUUUCUAUCUACAAAGUUAACUUAGAAUUUGUUGUUGAGAGAUAAUAACUCAAAACAAAACUUCAAAAAUUGCCAUGCAUUUUGUAAGUUCUUUGUGAAGCAGAUUCAAGAUAGUGUCAAUAACUGUGCUAUGUAAGUUAAAUUGUGCCCUAAAUAUGUCACCACAGAAUAGUCUCAAAUUAGAAGAACUGCAAUAUGAUACACUACAAUGUUUAUAAUGCUUGUCUCCUUACACAGGAAAAUGCCAAUAAGAGAAUUUUAUUUGGAUCGCGUACUCACAGAGCUUGAACUUUCACAUGAUGAGGUAAGCAGUUCAUGUACAUAACUUGGUGAAGCCUGCCCCUUUUGUUUGGAAUUAAGCCUGGACGUUGUCUCAUUUUUCUACGUCACAAAAAAAUAAAAUACUGGUGACACUUGUUUUGUGUUGUUUAUGUAGUGCAUAAAUUUUUUAGGGGUUUUAAUUUCUCUGUUUACUCUUAAUUUACAUUUCCCUUUGUCAUGUAUUCAAUAUUAUGAUCAACAAAAAUCUAUCUGGUUUUAAAAUGUUUCUACCAACUGAAGUAAAGUUUUAAAUGAGAUGUCCAAAUCACAGUGUUACAACAUGAACCACAUGGUCCUUAAGAGCCUUUUUUAGUCAAUUUUCAAGAAUCAGAAUCACAGACUAACUUUUUCUCGUAUACUUCUUUAAAGUUUGUGAAACUCCCUGAAUUUUCAGAUAUUAAUUUACAAGUUUUGUUGAUCUUGACAAAAAUUAAGAAUGAUGUGAUAAUGCAGUACUGAUGUAAUUGGAAGCAGUUAGUAAAAAUUAUUUUUUGUUUCAGUCCCACAUACUUUAUCCAACCUCUGGCAUAGUAGUACCACACUGUAUGGCUGACUAUGUAGCAUGUCAGAGUUAUAAAUGAAGCUAUAGUUCUUAUAUCUCACUAUUUAGUGUGCUUAUGUUGUAUGAUCUUUUUGUUUGUGACAGUUUAUUGAUCUUUGUAUUCUAUUGGGAUGUGACUACUGUGACUCCAUCAAAGGUAUUUUUUUCUUUUUUGUAAAAGAAGAUCUGGGUGGCAUGUUGAUUUUUAUAUUACCAUGUGAGUAGGUGUUUAUCAAUGUCCCAUUUUGAGAAAUUAUUUCAUUGGCCUUUUAGUGAUAAAAAAUAGAAAGAAAUGUAAAUAGAAUCAGAAAAAUUAAAAGCCAGUUUCUUCAGAAUAUUUCAGAGAUUCAUCAAUGUCAGUGUAGUUAACUCUUUAACUCUUUAACUCUUCAGGUAUUGGGCCUAAAAGAGCAGUCGAUUUAAUCAAGCAAUAUAAGUCCAUUGAGGAAAUCAUCAAACACAUUGAUACAAAUGUAAGUAUGUGUUUGCUUAUUUUUGUGUUAGUCUUUAGAAUUGAUGCACUUCACCAGUUUGGCAAAAAUGUCAUAUAUUAAAGAGUUAAGAAAAUUUAUUUUUGAAAGUAGUUGAUGGUUUAAACUUUUUUAGAAUUUAAUAAAUGUGAUCCUUUUUUUUCUUGAUUGAAUCUGAAAACUUUAAAAAAUUAUAGCUUUUAAUUAAUGUAAUUAAUUAAUAUGCGAUUGUAAUGUUUUAGUAUCUCUUUACAGAUGAACUCAAAACUCUCAUUUUCAUUUUAAAUGUAUUUUAUUGAUUGUUGUUUGAAAUUUUUCAGGUUAAAAUAAUUUCAAGUCAUUUCAAUUUUAUUUUUCUCUAUUUAAAGACUAUUGAUAGUCUUGUAUGAAAGAAAAACAAAUUUAACUAAUUUGAAAUUAUUUAAAUUGAUAUUCAUGUUUAACUACAACAUGUUUUCUUCAAAAACAACAAUGACAUUUGACUACAAGAUAAUGUAUCUCUAAAUUUAUGAAGUCCACUUAACACAAUACCUUUAUUGAUAGAUGUUUAAUUGUAUGAAUCACCAUCUCUCCAGCCUUUAAGUUUUCCUUCGAUAUGUUUUUAUGAUUUCUCUUUUCAGAAAUACAUCUUACCUGAAGAAUGGCCAUAUCAGGUAAUUACACUUUGAUCAAAGUUUUCAAGCUUUGCAUCAUCAUGAGCUCUACAUGACUUUCCCAUCCAAGGACCCUUUUUUCAAAACUGUAAUUCCAGAGAUUUCUUUGGCCAUCAAUGUUUUGACAUGCUCCAGAAUUUCAAGGAUGUAGGGUUGGUUGUGACAUCUGACUCCUAGCUUGUCAUAACAGAUUUAUCUUGGUCCAAAAGUCUUGAUGAAAGAAGUCUUACAUUUUUUCUCUAAGUGAAGAGUUAGGGCCUUAAAAAUUUAUCCUGUUCUGAAAUAGUUCCAGAAAAGUGUACAGUUUAUCUAGUGGUUUUUAAGGUUUAUUUUGUUUUAUGAUUUUGCCCAUGACCAUGUCAACACAACUGAAACAUGAUGUCAAAAUCAACUUACAACUGUAAGGUCCUUUUCAUAACAUCUGGACAGCCUGUAUAAAUUGUGGUGAAGGGUGAAUACUUGAUGAAAGCUGAUCUCUAAACUUAAAAAAAAAACUAAAUCUUUUUCUUAAUAUUUCAAUGAAAACUUUACUUAUGAACUCUGAUCUUCAGAUCUUUUCUCCUUUUACUUUUUACGUGUAAAUCAGUAGAAUUUUAUAGCACACUGUGCCUAUUUUAUACUCAGGAAGCCAGAGAAUUAUUCAAGAACCCAGAGGUUUUGCAAGAUGAAGACGUAAAUGUGAGCUACUGGAAGUAGUGAGGCUAAGUUAAUGUUAUGUCUUGUUUUUAUAAACAUCCAUUUUGUGACAUGAAGAAGAAGUUUGUCUGCCAAGCUAAAUGAAUUUAUCUCCACAUACUAGUAUACAACUCAGCAAAACAUGCAAAUCUGGGGCCUCAGCAUUGUCUAAUAGGUGUACUAUGUUAGUAAAUUUGGGUUUCUUCAUUAUUUUAGUGGUCUAAGUUUUGUGCUGUGAAAUCUAUUGGCCACUGUUCAAUUUGGAAAAACUGAAGUAUUUUAGAAAGAUACAACAAUAUGAAUUGCAGUGUCUUACUGCUCUUUUAAUUUCCCAUCUGAUUUUUUUUUCAGCUUAAGUGGGAGGCUCCAAAUGAAGAGGAACUUGUGAAAUUCCUAGUUGAAGAAAAAGGAUUUAAGUGAGUAGAACGGGAACCAACAACUCUGUUUUAGAGGUGACCGAUUUGGCUGUCUUAUACUGAGAGAUGUUUCAGGUUAUUUGGAGUUUAGGUAACUGGGAAAAAGUCUGAUUAAUUAUUCUAUUAGUUGAAAAGUAUAAAAAAGGUAUGACCUAUUUUUGCACUUUGGUUUUCCAAAGAUACGUAAAGUAGUUGUUGAGUUACAAUAUGAUGAUUAUCUUCAUUGGUCUCUCUUUUUUAUUCAGAGAGUAAAUACAAACAAUCUGAAUAAAUACAAGGACAUUAAACGACCCAAACUGGCAGGAAGCAAUUAACUAUGAACAAGGCACUGACAAGAAAUUAAAUUCUAGGCAACUGAUAACAAAUCCACUGGGUAACAGAAUGAUAGCAGGGUCAGCACUGUAAUCAUUUGGUCAGGCUACCGCUGCCUCAAGAUGAGAGUAAAAUUAAUUGUCAGUUUAUCGACAUGUAAUUAGUUGUUUCACAUCAAGUCGCUUCACCACAAAGUUGUUUCGCUUUAAGACAAGACACUUGUUCCGCAGAGUUUACCUAAAUAAUUAUGCUGAUAAAUUUGCCAAAGUCUUUUUUACUUCAGAGUUACUUUUAACUUGCUGUCGGGCCUUUUGAGGCAGAGGCAAGCCCUCUACAAUUUUGAGUGCUGCAUUUCCUAGCUGAUGCUUGUUCAAAUUUUUGCCAGUUUCCCCCGUUAAGAGAAAAAAAUUAACUAAUGAAAGUUUUAGUGAGUUUCAGAUAUUGUGGAAGAUUUGUUUAAUAUCUUUCCAUGUUUGUUGUUGAGUUUAAAGGAGAAUAUAAGUCUUACGAAAAAGACUUUAGAAUUGUAGUGAAAAGACUUAAAGUGAAACGAUCAGACACACAACUUCUUACUCUACCACUAUUUUUGUUUUUGAUGUACAUUUCUUGUUAGUGAAGAGAGAAUUCGUUCUGGAGUAAAAAAGGUCUUAAAGGCACGUAAAGGUUCUACUCAAGGAAGGCUGGAUUCCUUUUUCAAGGUUUUCCCUUCACCAAGUCCUCCAAUUAAAAGGAAGGUGAGUCAAUGACCACGUUUGAAAUAAUCAUUCCUAUUUAGAUAAAUGAUAAAAUUUGGAGUGAGAAUAUUGACAAAAUAUGUUUUAUUUUUUAAAAAAAAAAGGUAAAAUUUAAAUUCAAAUGGGAUUGUUGGUUAAAUUUUGUAAGUAGUAGUUAUGAUAAAGUACUAAAUUUUUAUACCAUUUUCUGUUCUUAUCUAUUUUAUAGAACUUAUGAAAUGUUAGUUUUUGAGGAGGUAAUAGUUUGCUAUCAUCUACAAGGUCAUAUUGAACACCUCCUCAAACGAAUGCUAGAGUAGAAUUUCUUUACUUCAGUGACUACGUCAAGUUCAAAGCAAAUGUUUUUGACAAAAAGUUAGCUUUGAGCAUCAUUGAAAUGACCAGUAAAUGUCAUGACCAACAGGCAGAAAAAGCCUUUCAUGAACUUUUCUUCUUGAUCUCCUUUUAGAACGAAGACAGCAAAGGACCAAAGACGAAGAAAUCCAAACCUAACGCAAGAGCAAUAGGAAAGAAGCCCAAAUAAAGGACAGUUUUGGAUCAGAUAUCAUUGACAGAAGUGAUUGUUUUUUCUGUUCAUCCAUACUCGAACUUCUGGUUAAACUUUAUUGAUAAAGAGAAAAGACAAGCAAACACGUUAGAGCACAAAUUUUACAUCUCCCUGUUGAUUGACCAAGAAAUGAAACAAAAUAGAAAAUUGGACAGAAAAGUGAAUAAUCAAAAGGAACGAACUGAAAAACUUGGACUGAAUUCAUUUACAUCACUGUUUUACAUAACUGUGCCUAGCAGAGAAGAAAUUGCUUCAUAUUUCUUUCUGACACUAGAUAUUCUAUUAGUGACAGAAAUACAAACAGAGUUCAGUGUCUUCAUAUUAGGACGAACAGUCUUUCAACAUCUACCGCCUUGAAAGGAAUUGAAUUAUUUCAUUAGUUAAAAAGAUUUCGUUUGGGCUGUAUUUCUUUUGUUGUACUGGUGCAUCAGUCACCAGCAUAUUUGUCAAAGUCAAAUUGAGAAAGAUGGGUUUGCUUUACUUGGAUCUUUUAAUGCCUUGUAGACACUGUUCUAGGAAACUAUUGCGCAGGGAAUAAAGAAG